AUGUCUUCGCUGAAGACGUUUUCACUCAGCGCGCGGCUUCUCUGGGCCAAGUGUGCCAUGUACAAGGGCUUUCAAAUGCUCUGGGACCUCUUGGGUACCGCGUCAUUUUACGGCCAGAGCCGUGUCAUGGGUAUCUUGAACCUCACGAACGUCUUGUGGCUCUUGUACCUCGGCUACCGGUACAACAACUUGGUCGACGUCACCGUGACGCAGAAAUUUGAGACGAUCGCCGGCUUCCACGUCUUCAAUGACUCUUACAUGCGCGUCGCGUCGCCCAUUGCGCUCAGGCUCCUCCGCUACGUUCUCGACGACGUGUCGAGUCUUGUCGACAACAUCAAGAAUCUCAAACACUACUUUGUCACCAUCAAGUAA